UGUAAGAAGUAAACACAGCUUUGGAAACAUGGCCUUAAAGCUAAUUAGGCGUUAUGAAAACUCCGAGUCCGAUGCCAAGACUCAACCCAAACUUGUUUUGGGUCACCUGACUCGAGCUCCUUUGCAAUGUCCUCUGGGUAAUUGUCUGGCCACCAUCUCCUCGCUGGACCUGCUCGUCCACCUGAAGGAACAGCACUUGACCCCGGCCUCUGCUAACGAUCAUUUUCACCUGGCUUUCGAGGGAGAGCGCUGCACCCUGGUCUUCGAUCCCCAGCGACUGACUCCGCGCCACACCAUUUGCUUGGGCGUCCUGCUUUUCGGAGGCAAACGUGGCGAAGUGGGCAAAUUACCCGGCGAACAGGAACUCUGUCAUCGAAAUCGUGUCCCGCCGGAUUCGGGAUUGCAAACGGUGGCGGAUCAUCAGCCCGUUUUGGUUCUGGUGCGGAAGUGUGCCUUCUUCGAGUGGCUAUCGCAGGAUAGGGAUAUGAAAUCGAAGGAGGAGGAGGAGGAGUUCCCUAAUCAGCGAAGACACGACUACGGAAACCCUAGAACGGAGGAAUACCUGCAUUUCAGGAGUCCUCACACAGGAAAGUGCCUUCCCAGGAGGGUGGAACGCCUGGACUUCAGAGCUGAGGCGUGGCCAAAAAGCAUGGGAGAAACUCACAACCAGGACCUCAUACACAGCAAAAGAACGGAUUACAAAAGUCAUGCCUCAAAAGAUCAAAAGAGACAAGGUCCAAAGGAGACCAUUGACCCAGGAAACCUGGAAAUGUACCUCAUUUGGACGCAGAGUGUUCCCAGUACCCGACCCCUCUACGCCUCCAUCACCGUCCACGAUCGCACCAUGUCGGAGGGUCGGAGUGUCCUCCGAUUGGUGACCAAUUCCGGCAGAGCUCGUCCCGAACUCGAUGGCAAACAGCUGCCCCAUUCCCGCAAUUCCUUGUGGCUCACCCAAGGGGAAAUUGAGCAGUUGAGUGGAGCGAAGCGCGGUCUCCAUCUCGAAAUGAUCCUGAAAGAGCGAUUGGAAGAGCCAUCUUAAAUACAAAACCAUUUA